AGGGAUGGGGAGCCUCCGCCACUCUCAGCCGCCAAAUCGGCUGUAGAGGUGGAGGCCGAGCGCGCGGCCUGAGAGCUGCCGCCCGCAGAGGGGAAGAUGGAAGCGUGGCGCUGUGUGAGGAGGGGCUACGGCCGCUGUGUGGUGGGGAGAGGCCGAUACCCCAUGUUACCCCAUCACCAGAAGAGUCUGGGCAGAGACUGGACUACACCGUGGGAGAAUCUGCAAAGGUGUUGCUGGAACAGACAUAUUUCUAGUUGUAUGAGGUGGCCUGGACAUUACUCUCGUGCUCCUUACCCGUACUUCAGUAGUAGGCAUUUUUCACUAAAUUGGAGACCGCCUUGUCUGUUUGAGUCUAGAAGUCAGUUUCAGUACUGGAACUGGAGACCUGAGAACCUGAGCCAGACAUCUUUGAUUCAUCUCUCUAGUUACAUCAUGAACUCUGAGGGAGAUGAGCCUUCAUCAAAACGAAGAAAACACCAAGGCACGAUAAAACGGCAUUGGGAAUAUAUAUGUAACCAUAAUAAAGAAAAAAUGAAGAUCUUGGGAGACAAAAAUGUUGACUCCAAAUGUGAAGACAGUGAGAACAAGUUUGACUUUUCAGUGAUGUCCUAUAAUAUACUUUCACAAGAUUUAUUGGAAGACAAUUCACACCUCUAUAGACACUGCCGGCGGCCGGUAUUACACUGGAGUUUUAGGUUUCCCAAUAUUCUGAAAGAAAUUAAACACUUUGAUGCAGAUGUACUUUGUUUGCAAGAAGUUCAAGAAGAUCAUUAUGGAACAGAGAUCAGGCCAAGUUUGGAAUCAUUGGGUUAUCACUGUGAAUACAAGAUGCGGACUGGAAGGAAACCCGAUGGCUGUGCCAUUUGCUUCAAACAUUCCAAAUUUUCACUGUUAUCAGUGAACCCAGUGGAGUUCUUCCGCCCUGAUGUUCCGCUGUUGGACAGAGACAAUGUUGGAUUAGUAUUGCUCUUGCAGCCCAGAAUUCCAAGCACUGCCUCUCCUGCACUCUGCGUAGCAAACACACAUCUAUUGUAUAAUCCAAGGCGAGGUGAUAUUAAGCUGACCCAGUUGGCAAUGCUUCUGGCAGAGAUUUCCAGUGUUGCCCAUCAGAAAGAUGGCAGUUUCUGCCCUAUUGUUAUGUGUGGUGACUUUAAUUCUGUUCCUGGUUCUCCACUCUAUAGUUUUAUAAAGGAAGGAAAAUUGAAUUAUGAAGGACUUGCCAUAGGAAAGGUAUCUGGCCAGGAACAGUCUUCACGGGGACAAAGAAUUUUAUCUAUUCCAAUUUGGCCCCCAAACCUAGGUAUCUCACAGAACUGUGUGUAUGAGGUACAGCAGGUACCAAAAGUAGAAAAGACAGACGGUGAUCCAACACAGACACAGCUGGACAAAACAGAGGUCCUAGUGACACCUGAAAAAUUAUCUUCACAUUUACAGCACCAUUUCAGCUUAUCUUCGGUUUAUUCACAUUAUUUUCCUGACACUGGGAUUCCAGAAGUGACCACCUGUCAUUCUCGAAGCGCCAUAACUGUGGAUUAUAUUUUCUAUUCUGCUGAGAAGGAAGAUGUUGCUGAGAAGCCAGGAGCUGAAGUUGCUUUGGUUGGUGGCUUGAAACUUCUAGCUAGACUGUCACUUCUUACAGAACAAGACUUAUGGACCGUGAAUGGACUUCCAAAUGAAAAUAACUCUUCAGAUCAUCUGCCCUUAUUGGCUAAGUUCAGACUUGAGCUCUGACUCUUCUUUCAUUACAUAUAUACUUUUCUUUCCAAUUUAUAUUCUUUUUCAAAGAAUGCAAGGUUCUUAAGAGUUUGCAUGUUGUUUAUUUUUGCGCUGUGGAGUUUCUGAAGAAGUUAUGUUAAAUGCUUGAAGUAGAUAUGGGAAGAAACAAGUUUACAACCAUUUUCUUUUUUAAUAAUGAAAAAAUAUUUUCCUGACAAGUGAGAUCUAAAUGCUCUUUAUUGUAAAAGAGUUGUAAAUAUUUUUUAUUCUAAAUCCCAGUAAAAUUGACAGUGACUUGUAAAUAUAGUGCAUCUUCUUUAGUUCUUUUAGUAAAGAAUUUCUGUUCAUGUUUUUGGCAAGCUUUACAGUGAAUCCAAAGUACCUUUGAGUUCUUGCAAACUACAACUUGUUUCCCUCCAGAAGGUCUGAUUUCACUGGGAGAACCAUAUGCUUGUUGCGUCCUAGUUAAUGCAUCUCAGAAAUCAUUGAGUCAUUCACAACCAGCCAUUUUGGUUUGUUUUUGAGGGGGCUUGAUAAUGCUUUUUAAAAUUGUACAAAUUGCUUAAUCCACCUUGUUACUAUCCUGAGCCAUGUAAAAUGCCUGCAUUUUUUUGGGAAACAGGUCACCAUAACUAGUAGGAUGAGGCGCUCUACACAAGCCCGCUCUCUCCAUCCCGCAACGACAGACCCUCACAGGAUGCCUGAGAGGGAGACACUGGGCUGUGCCUCUGUUUCCCGAGCGGUUUUUCCUUUUUUCUAUUCCAUUUCAAGAAAAGGCCCCUGGUUUGGGAGAGAGAGUUGCUUUUACUGAACCAAUUCUGUAGAAAUUUAUUUUGUUAGAAAACUUGUCUUUGGAACAAAGUGGCAGCUAUAAGAUUAUUUUUGUUUUGCCUCAGAAGUUUGAGGAAGCCAGCAAAACUCUAGUGGGGAGAUACCAACUUGGAGACCUAACACUCUUAAGUAGUAAUUUUAACUGUUUUAGUAGUUUUAUUUCUAAAAUGUUUUAUUUUGUAAUGAUGCAGCCAUGUGAGAUGGGGCUGACAUUUUUUUAUGAAGUGGUUAAGAGCAGGUCUAAUAAAUCCUGCAGUUGGCUCUGUAUGAAUGUUUGAAUCAAAAUUUUUAAAACAUGAAGAGUGAAAAUUUCCUCUUUUUUAGACUUUGGGAGCAAAGAAUUGCGUGCAUUUUUACUAAGUAGUAAUUUUAUAUUGAAUCGUACUGAAUUAUAAAAGUUUUUACAAUGUGUUUUCUUAAUAGAAUGCUUCAUCUUAAAUUAGAAAGCAGUCGUUACUUUAUAGUCUUGGACUUUAAAAGUUUUUGUACUAAAGCAUUUACUACUUUUAUUUUUUAAAAAAUAAACCAGGUGAAUACCCCAAAAACAGCAUGUGGGUUAUAAGGAUUUGCCUAGUAAAAACUGUAGUAAGUACAUUUAAAUGUUUAAGUUCUCAUUUUUUGGGUUUUAACUCACAGUAUUAACUGUUAAUACAGUUAGCAGAUAUAGUCAUCAUCAAAUAAUAAUGACAGGAUAAUUAUACCCUUUUAGUUUGGGGGAAAAAAAUGAAAAUCCGUUGAUUAAUUACUGCUUUGUGUUGUGUGAAUUUAUUAACAAAUAACACUAUAUGUAGGUCAUUUUUGACAAACUAACACCCCUGAAAAUCUCUGUGAAAAGCUAAUUUUUUUUUUUUUUUUAUAAACUAAUGAUUUAUUAGGAUGGUUGUGUUUUAAAGAUUUUUUUUAUUUUUUUCCCUUUUUCUCCCCAAAGCCCCCCUGUACAGCGUUGUAUAUUCUUCGUUGUGGGUCCUUCUAGUUCUGGCAUGUGGGACGCUGCCUCAGCAUGGUCUGAUGAGCAGUGCCAUGUCCACGCCCAGGAUUCGAACCAACGAAACACUGGGCCGCCUGCAGCGGAGCGCGCGGACUUAACCACUCGGCCACGUGGCCAGCCCCGAAAAGCUAAUUUUUUAUAUCCUGAUUAAUAUAUUGUGAUUUUAGGCCCUGUUCAUGUGCUUCACUUGACAGAGUUAAUCCAUAAAAUUGCUUUCCACUCUAGCUGAUAGAAUGAAGUAUUAUUUUGCGGACUGGAGGCCAAAGGGUCAAUGGAACCUUCUCACAGGUUUUUAAAGCUCCACUAAAAUUGUCUAUUUGUCUUUACUUUUUUGGUCAGAAGAGUUGGUAACUCUGUUGGAGCCUUCUAUUUUCCUGCCAAAAGCAAUGAAAUCUGGUUAAUUACUAAAACCAGGUCUUCCAGUCUCAAGUGCUAUACUCUCCAAGUUUGAAAUGGAAAGGGAUAUUAUGGAAUAAAUGAAAUUUUGGUUUUACUGUAUCUUUUGAUAUCAAGAUAAUGUGCUUGUUUGAAACCUUGUCCUUUUUUUGGAAUUUAGCAACUGUCUGCUUUUAACCCUUUGUUUUCCUCAAAAGCUAAGUCAGAGAUCUAGAGCGUUCAAGGGGUUGGGGAAACAGACAUCAAGUCCUUUGCACUUUGUACCUGUAAAUUACCUAAUAAAUUAUUGUACUAGUA